UGAAGUGUCUCUCAGCGUCACUCCAGCAGCAACCUGCUUGCUGUAGAGGCCGGUUUUUUUUUUAUUUUUUCUGGUGGGAUUAGGCCCAGGCCCGCCUCUCUGACCGCUUAAGACAGUCUCGGAGGUCCUCCCCAUUUCUUUUGGAUUCCUGACUGCGAGCGGCGCAGCGGCGGCAGGCAACAGGGUAAAUUUGCGGGGUUUUCGUUUGUCCCAAUCCUCAGCGGGCUCGCUCAUCUUUGCACUUUUCCCGCAAGUGAAUUCCAGACUGGACAACUGAUCCCGUGGAUCCGGGACAUUGGUGGUGGAAUGAGAGGCUCGGUGGCCCGGGGGUUGAGAAGGUUUUGCUGCAGCUCUGCACGCGCUCCCCACGCGCCCUCCCCGCCCCGCGACUGAGGCACGUGUUGUGGUUCCGUCCAAGCUCAGCGUCUCUCUGUGUGUGCAUGCAUGUAUGUGUAUACACCCGCGCGCGCAGCUUCCAUCUUAUCUGGUGAAGGCGACAGUGAAGCCUGAAUAAUUGGUCCAUUCUACUUGUUAUUACCACAGCGAACAAAAUAAAUCGAGGAUUCUGACCUUAUAGCUUUGAUAUAUUAUUGGAUGAAGGAAGAGAAAAGCACUUAAUGUGAAAGAAAAUUGAUUUUUAGGUUUGGCUUCAGCAUCGACUGCUGACGCCACUACUUGUUCAGGCACCAUGCUGUUUACUUCAACGUCAAAUGCUUCUACUUCUGCUGCUGCUACUGGGCUCUCUUUUGGUGCUCCAGCAACUUCAAUGGGCACAUUUGGUGGCAUAACUUUGGGAUUUGGAUUAAAAUUCCCUGGAGCAGGUGGAGCAGCUCAUACUGCAUCUACUACAGCAUCAACAACAACUACUACCACUGUUACCAUGACCACCACUACUACAACCACUACUGGCUUUACCUUGAACCUAAGGUCACUGACAUCAGCUGGGAUUAAUAACAUUGUUCCAGUCGGUAUUAAUUCUCUACCUUUUACUUCGACUGUUAAUGCAAUUGUAACUCCUGUGAUGACAUAUGGUCAGCUAGAGGGUCUGAUAAACAAAUGGAGCCUUGAUUUAGAAGAUCAAGAGAAGUACUUUCUUCACCAGGCCACUCAGGUCAAUGCUUGGGACCGUACAUUGAUUGAGAAUGGUGAGAAGAUUACUACUUUACAUGGAGAAGUGGAAAAAGUGAAACUGGAUCAACAGAGGCUGGAACAAGAAUUAGAUUUUAUUCUGUCACAGCAGAAGGAACUAGAAGAUCUCUUGACCCCUUUAGAGGAGUUUGUGAAGGACCAGAGUGGGUCUGUGUAUCUGCAGCAUGCAGAUGCGGUGCAUGGAAAGACUUACAGAUUAGCAGAAAAUAUAGAUGCUCAGCUAAAACGAAUGGCACAAGAUCUCAAGGACAUUAUUGAGCACCUGAAUACAUUUGGAAGUCCUACUGACACUACUGACCCGCUCCAGCAGAUCUGCAAAAUUCUGAAUGCUCAUAUGGACUCUCUGCAGUGGAUUAAUCAGAAUUCAGGCAUGCUGCAAAGGAAAGUAGAAGAGGUAACACAGGUUUUCGAGGAUCAUCGUCGCACGGAGCAGGAAAACCAUAUCAGAAUUGCCUUUGAUUGAAUGACCAUAUCUUCAGCAUCUUGUUCUGGGAUUAUACAUUACCUAAAAAUUGUGAUGAUGUGAAAUAGAGUAGUAUUCACAAUUAUUACUUAAUUUUGGUUGCAAUAGAGUGUACAUGUGGUUGGUUUGGGUUUUUUUCAUUUAUAUAUUGUGCUGUUGAGAAUUAUACUGUAGUUUGGCUCUUAAUAUUAGCAAAUCAGAACUAUAUUAGCCCUCUUGUCUCUAGGCAGCAACCUAAUAGAUGUUGACUCUGUGUGUGUAAUUUGUAUCUUAAACUCUCCUAGAUUCCAUAUUCUACCAGCAGCACACAUUGUCCUUCUUGCUCUGACCAGAUCAUCAAGAAAUGUUGGCCAAGAAACAGAUGCCAACCAGUCUUUACUGAGUGCCUGUUAACUUUCAACAUAUAGUGCAAGAUACUGUGGUCUUUUUCCUCAAAAGAACUUACUGUCUAGUUUGGGAUAUAGUUAGUGCCUGUCUGUAUGAUAACAAUAUAGAAAAAACAAAGGAAUGUGUUAUAAAUUACAGAAAGUAUUCUAUAGAAAUUUGGAGAAGAAGAAAUGUUAGGGUGGAUUUCAGUCUUGAAUUAGGUUAUUUUUAAAAGGGUAAGGUUCAGGCAAUUCAUUUAUUUUUGAUGUAUAAAUAACCUACUAUUUUAUUUGGUUUUAGCCUAUGAUUUAGUCGUUGGUUUUGUGUAUUUUGUUUUUUCAAGAAAAAGCCUUGUUCUUAGCUUGGGAACAGUCUGAUCUCUUGUGUUGCAUGUUUUACCUAAGUCAUAAAUAAAGGUGAUAUU